AUGGCACACUUUAAGAUCAUUUGGUCGCGCAAUUUAUGUAUAAACAUCCAGGUAAUACUGGCAAUAUUCCUGUUUGCAGUUUUUCUGUGGAACCAUUCUCAAAAUUCAUGCCAUGAAAAUGAGCAGCCUUUAAGACUAGACCAUUUGCUGGAUACCAACAGAAGAGAUCUACUUGCUUGUUCUGCUAUAUUUCGAGGAGAUACGGCAGGUGUGGAAGAGACUGAUCUGAUCCAACUUUUGGCAGCGAAGAAAAGGGAUACUUUCUUGACUGAGGCGUUUUACCUGAACCUGACACAAGACUGUUCUGCUUAUGUGAAAAACAGAGGAUUUCUCACUGUCACUUUGAGUGAGGAGGAGAAACACUUUCCCAUUGCUUAUUCCAUGGUGAUCCACGAGAAAAUUGAAAUGUUCGAGAGGCUGCUGCGUGCUGUUUAUGUGCCACACAAUGUGUACUGUGUUCAUGUGGAUCAAAAAUCAUCUGAGGACUUCAAGAAUGCUGUGAGGGCCAUUGUGUCCUGCUUUCCCAAUGUGUUUGUGGCAAGCAGACUGGAAAAUGUGGUGUACGCAUCCUGGUCAAGGGUACAGGCUGACCUAAACUGCAUGGAGGACUUGCUGAAAUCUCCCGUUCAGUGGAAGUACCUGCUGAACACCUGUGGAACCGACUUUCCUAUCAAAACAAAUGCCGAAAUAGUCCAAAAUCUCAGGUUGCUCAAUGGGAAAAACAGCAUGGAAUCUGAGGAGACAUCUGAGCACAAAAAAGACCGUUGGCGAUACCACUACAAUAUCACAAACACUGUGGCAAGGACCAGCAUUAAGAAGAGUCCCCCACCAAUCAGCACACCCAUGUUCUCAGGCAAUGCUUACUUUGUGGUGACACGGGAAUUUGUGAGACAUAUUUUUGAAAGCAAGGAGGUCUUGAAUUUGCUUGAAUGGGCAAAGGACACCUAUAGUCCUGAUGAAUUCAUCUGGGCUACCCUGUUUCGGAUGCCAGCGAUGCCUGGAUCCUAUCCGCCUAACAGCAAAUUCCAACAGUCAGAUAUGAAUGCAUUGGCUCGACUGGUGAAGUGGAGUUAUCUGGAAGGGGAUGUGAGGAGGGGAGCCCCGUAUCCCCCGUGUACUGGAGUUCACCAGAGAGCUGUUUGUAUCUUUGGCGCCGGGGACUUGCACUGGAUGAUUCGUCAGCACCACCUUUUCGCAAAUAAGUUUGAUCCUCAGGUUGAUGACGUUGCCAUCAGAUGCCUAGAAACAUAUCUUCGUUACAAAGCAAUCCAUGGAAAAAUUGGUUAAAUACCACUGGGUGCAAACACACAUUAAGGACAUCUUUGAAUGUUUAUGUGUGAGUAUGAAUGCAUCUCUGUAUUCUUAGUUAUUUUUAAAAUAUGUAUUUUGAGUUUUGUCUUUGGAAACUCUGUAGAUCUUUUUGGAAAGUCUUUCUGGAAAUUAUGUUCCUGUAUUUUUAUACAUUACAAAAAAUUGUUUAUUCUAAAAGUUAUGAAUAUCAUAUGCUUGAAUCAUACUUGGAGUGGUUUGUGUGCCAACAUAUAUAUUAUAUAUAUAUAUAUACUGUAGGUUUGUAUAUAACACAAUGGUGUUGAAUGUAAGAGAAAAAUGGGAGGGAAUGAAAAGGUGUUACAACACAUGGAUAAAGGUGUGAUUUUUGUGAUUCACUUGCUCUAAUACUGGUUUAUGCACAUUUUUGACAACUAAAACGGCCUUGUACCUGUUUUUACUGUUUGGCAAUCUGUUCAUUUCCGAGAUGCUUAUCCUAGUUGUGGUUGCUCUGACAACCUGUUGUUGGUGCAAGACCCACAAAACAAAGAAAAACAGCAAUCCUCUUCACAAUUUGUAUUAUUUUACAACUAAAUUAUUAAUACUGUACCUGAAGCACAACCCCUAUAUGCUGGUUUCUGUUCCAACAUUUUUAGAUCAAAUAUAUUAAUUAUUCUAAUGAUAUAUAAAAAAUUCAAAUGCAAAUGUAAAUUACAUUAUAAAUUAUAUAUGUAAAUGUAUGUAGUCGCAUUUGUAAAGACAGGGAGUUUGUCCACUGGUUGUGUUGUGCCACACCUACUGAUGUCUCCAAAGGUAUUUAUUAAUUUCCAAAUUAUGUUUUUGUAAUUAUACCUAACUUAGGACAAUUAUAAAUGUCUUUUAAGACCACAUUUUUUAUACUCUUUCUUCAGAUAUUAAUGAAAAUAACUUGUUUAAUCUGUACAACACUUUUGCAGCUUUAUGUGCAAUUUUGUUUUGCAAAUAAGUUUGUCGAGUCAGUAGCUAAUUGCAACACAGGGCGCCCUGUGUUGCCGGGUUAGGCUCCAGCUCGCCUUGACCUCGCACGGGAUAAGUGGUUGUAGACAGUGUGACAGUAACUAAUUGGAUUGAAACACACACCACUAGAUUUCUCCAGGACCAAGAAUCAGGACAUUUAUUGGUAAAAAUAG